AACCCUCCCUUCGAUUGAUUACUUUUUAUUCUGUGAAAUUAAUCUUCCUAAAUUUCCUCUAUUGUAUUGAGAUGAAAAAUAAAUCUAAAAGUUUUUAAUUUUCAUAUCUAAACACAUUUUACAUAGAUCAUAUGUAAUUAAUUAAUGAGAUAUUCAGUUGGUAGGUGCCUUUACAUCCGCAACAAUUUGUAGUACAAGUGGAUUCCAAAAUGGUGGUCGUUUGUUGUGUCUUUCAAGUGAUUUGUUAAAUAUUUCAUAUUCAUGUGUGUAGUUCUCAGACUUAAGUGGUUCUGAUCGGAAUAAAAUAUGGAUGACAAGGAGAAAGUACCAGAGAGCCAGGAGAGUGAUGGUGGUGAUCCAAAGGAUUCUGAGGAAAAGUCUGUCCCAGAUCCUGAAAGUGGUACUAGCACCAGUGAUGAUAACCCUAAGGAUGUUUUUAGUGAAGAUAGUGUAAUAAAUCACAUGGAUCAUGGCAAUAAAGAUAGUGAUAGUGUAAAUAAUGAUAAUAGUCAAGAGAAUGUACAAAAUGAGGAUACUCUUUCUAAGGAUGAAGCAGAAACUUUAGAAGAUAGCCCUAAAAUAGAGUCACAAACUAGACGAGAUUCCGAACAUGAUACGCCAGAUGAAUCUUUAGAUAAAGAGAAUAUGUCUGUAGAUGAUGAUGUAGAGGAUAUAAAAACAAAAGAAGAGAGUGAAUCCACAAAGGAAGAGAGUGAAUCCACAAAAGAAGAGAGUGAAUCCACAAAAGAAGAGAGUGAAUCCACAAAAGAAGAGAGUGAAUCCACAAAAGAAGAGAGUGAAUCCACAAAAGAAGAGAGUGAAUCCGCAAAAGAUGAAUUAUCCCAUAGCAGAGAUUUCAACGACUCAGGUGCCGGCAGUAGCAGUGAAAACAGAGAAGUAGACAAACCAGAAUUUGAAACUGCUCCCAAUGUUUUGGAUGAGUCUCAGGAGGAUCAUACUCAGGCUCUAGAUCCUUUUGACACACUCCUAAAGAGUACAGACACAAACACAGAGACGUCCAGUAAAGAUGCAUCCGUCACUGUCAACAUAGAUGACGAUGACGACGAUGACAAUAAUGCAGACCAACCCAGUAGUGAAGUUCAUGCAGAUGAGGAAAAUCCAGAAGAUGGUGAGGAACCCGGUGCUGAUGAGGAAGUAUGUCUGCUACCUGACACUGAGCGCGAGAUAUCUGAUGCUGACAAGGCGAAGGCUGAGAAGGUUUUGGCUGAAAAACGAAAGCGAGAUGAAGAAGCAGCAUUAGCAGCCGUUCCAAAAGAAGAGGCUGACGUGACAGAGGUAGUGGAAAGUGGUUCAGAGGAAACGGCUCAAACUGAAGACAUUCCUGAAAGUGCAGCUGCUACAGAUGAUACUGGAAACGAGGAUGCAUCGCAAAACGGCGGCGAUAAAGAAAAUGAGCACGAGGAAACAGCGGAACCCGAAGAGUCUGAGCAUUGUCCUAUACGACAAAUAAACGAAACAACCGGCACUUGUGUGCAGUGUGAACAAACAACACUCUGUAUAUAUAGGUUCGCGAACAAAGACUCCAACCACAGAUUUCAAUAUAUUUGUUCGUCAAAUUGCAUUAAACCAUUUAUAGCAAAAAAUCCUGGAAUGUAUAGUGUUGUAGCAUCGUAUAUGAUAGAGGAAAUCACACCUGAAGUUUUGACAUGUAACGAAUGUGAAGAGAACAAAAUGUGCUAUUUUUAUUACAAUUUUGACGGAGAGGACACUGUAUACUGCUCAACACAGUGCUUACACAGUAUGAUGGCUGAUGAACGAGAAAAGUAUACAUAUAAAUGGAGAAAAAUCACUGUUGAAGAAAAACAAGCACCAAUAGAAGAUACUUGUUGUGUGUGCAAUACGACCAAACAAUGUGCAUACGGUAUGCACAGAUAUGGUGAGACAUUGUCUAUAUGUGAACAGACUUGCUUGAAGAAUUUGAACUCAAAGGAGAAUGGUAGGUACAUAUUGAAGAAGAAGAGAACUCCUCGCAACUUGGUGCCGAAAACGAGACAGAAUCCUCCAUUGCUGAAACUGAAAGUUAUUAGUAAUGCUACGGAUAGAUAUCUAGACGAAGCUUACAAAAUACAAGCGAAAACCCCAGCUAUGGUGUUGGCUGCACGGGACGAGAGAGAACGUACAUUCUUGAGAUCGUGCAUGCUGUGUCAUGCUAUGCUGACAAAUGAGGAAAAAAUGCUGACGUGGGAAGCGAUGGACUUCUGCAAUGAAGUCUGUCUCGGAAAAUACCAGAACAAAAUCGGUUCAAAAUGUGCCAACUGUAAAAAAGUUGUACAGCACACAAGUUUAGGGAAAUACUGUGUCCGCUUUGGUUAUGAUAUACGACAGUUUUGUAAUUCAAGCUGUUUGGAGGAGUUCAAAAAGGGUUUAAAAAUAUGCUGUUACUGCCAGAAGGAUAUAUCGUCGGGGAACGAAGGGUUUUUGGCUCCGGUCGGUGAUAAGGGACAGUUUAAGGACUUCUGUUCGCAGCAUUGUAUGGAGAAGUUUGAUCAGAUGAGUAAGAAUCCCAUACCCCAGCCGGUCAUGGCGAAAUGUGCGGUUUGUUCUUUGGAGAAAGCGACGACAAUUGAAGUGGAAGUGGGUCAGAAUAUUCAGCAAAGGCUAUGCUCGGACCCUUGUUUUGCUGCAUUCAAAUUUGUCAACAAUAUAUUUCCAGAUCAGUGUCGAUGGUGUAAAAAAUACUUUGAAAGGAAAAUAAAUUUAUUCUUUACGAUAUAUGAAUCAUCGUCACCACCAUUUUGUUUCUGUUCCAAACUGUGUAUGAACAUUUACAUAAGCAACUCGCGUCACAUAGUGCCGUGCAACUGGUGCAAGGUGAAGAAGUACAACUUUGACAUGAUAAGACGAGGCCCAGCAAACGGGCAGGUGAUAAUGAUGUGCUCUCUCAACUGUCUGACGCUGUACCAGGUCUCUGUUAACGCUGUGUCUUCUAGAAGGAUGAAAUGCGACAUGUGCAAGCUAUGGGCGAUGGCACAGUACCACCUCACCAUGUCGGACGCGACCGUGCGCAACUUCUGCACCUACCAGUGCGUUAUGAGCUUCCAGGGUCAAUACUCAAAACAAGCGCCCCAAGAGGUAGCGGACGACACCAUCGAGCAACAGAAGGCGGUGCCCACGGGCGCUCCGAGGAGAACUUACACGCCCACGUCGCAUAAGAAUAACGCAUCAAAAUCGCAAACUCGGUCCACUCUACCAGUCAUAUCGAACGUGCUGUCGCUAGCGCCGGCGCCCGCGCCGCAAGUCACGCGCGCCAAAUCGAAACGACUGCAGGUGCCUCCGCCUCCACCACCACCCGAACCAGAACCGCCACAAGCGCCCAAAACACCACCACCACCACCAAAACCACCCACACCACCACCGCCACCACCCCCCAAAAUAUACAACCACGUCAUAGUCAAAACUUUACCCCCAAACGAGGUUGCCAAUAAAGCGACAAUGUCCAAACCAAUGAUGGUUUCAAAAGGUGUCUCUUGUCGACCCCAUCCGUGCACAAAAGAAUGUCAAACUGACUCUAGUUUAGAACGUAGGGUCCUCAUUCCAGUACCUGUUCCCAUUUAUGUCCCGGUGCCAUGUGUGAUGUGGUCUCUACCCUUCCCCGUACCCGUCCCAAUACCUCUGCCGAUACCAGUUCCAGUAUUCAUACCUACGACGAGGAAUUCUGCGAAGGGCAUCAUGAAGGAAAUAAAUAAGAUCCACGACAAGAUGCCGACUGAUCCGUUUGAAGCUGAACUGCUGAUGAUGGCGGAAAUGGUGGCCGGUGAUAAGAAGAAGGAUCAGAGCGAUUCAGAUACAGAGGAAGAGAACGAGGAAAGCUUCAGCCCCGUGGGCGGCAUGGACGGCAACAACGCGUUCGGCGAGGACAUGCUGCAGAUGGCGCUGAAGAUGGCCACGGAGUACGAGGACCAGCCCGUCGACCUGGAGUCCGCCAUGACUGCCAACACCAUCACACCCAGCUCACACCCGGGGCUGCCAGGUCUGGAAGGCGAGGCGAUGCACCAGCACAUGAUGGCGCUGGAGCAGCAGCGCGCGGUGGCCGCACUGCGCGCGUCCAACGUGGCGGGCGUGAACGCGGGCGCGGCGCGCAAGCGGGCCCCGCCGCCCGCCGCCACUCGUACGCGCACCAGCAAGCGGCGCCGCGAGCCCGCGCCCGCGCCGCCGCCCGAGCCGCCGCGCGAGCCGCAGGAGAAGCCCGACGCUAACAUGUGCCUCAAGUAUACGUUCGGCGUGAACGCGUGGAAGCAGUGGGUGAUGACGAAGAACGCGGAGAUAGAGAAGAGCUCGAUCCGCCGCAAGCCGUUCAAGUCGGAGAUCCUGCAGCUGACGGCGGACGAGCUCAACUACUCGCUGUGCCUGUUCGUCAAGGAGGUGCGCAAGCCGAACGGCAGCGAGUACGCGCCCGACACUAUUUAUUAUUUGGUUCUAGGUAUACAACAAUAUUUGUUUGAAAAUGGUAGGAUAGACAACAUAUUCACUGACCCGUAUUAUGAAAAAUUCACGGACUGUUUGGACGAAGUCGCGAGGAAGUUUUCAGUUUUAUAUAAUGACUCGCAAUACAUAGUAACGAGAGUGGAAGAGGAACACCUGUGGGAGAGCAAACAGCUAGGAGCACACUCACCACACGUUUUAUUAUCGACACUUAUGUUUUUCAACACGAAACAUUUUAAUCUUGUCACGGUAGAUGAACAUAUGCAGCUAUCGUUUUCUCACAUAAUGAAGCACUGGAAACGGAAUCCCAAUCAGCCGGGACAGGCCAAGAUCCCCGGCUCGAGGAAUGUCCUAUUGAGGUUCUACCCUCCGCAGUCAGCACUUGAGGCGAACUCGAGAAAAAAGAAAGUGUACGAACAACAAGAAAAUGAAGAUAAUCCACUGAGGUGUCCUGUAAAAUUAUAUGAGUUCUACAUUUCAAAAUGUGUUCUCAACCCCAACAGCCCGGAGUCAGUCCGUACCAGGAAUGAUGUGUUCUACCUGCAACCAGAGAGGUCCUGCGUACCCGACUCACCGGUCUGGUACUCUACACAGCCACUCAGCCGUGUUGCAUUGGCAAAGAUGUUGCAUCGUGUCAAAAUGGUCAAGGAGAUCAACAUCGCUCUCCUGACCAGCUAAGAUUUUUUUAUACAAUCAUUUGGUGGCAUAAAAGAAGCGGGAUACAUUUUUGCAAAUUCCUACGACGUCCUUUACGGAGCAACGAGUAUAGUUGGGAGGUAACAGCGGUGUUGAUUAGUGAUCAGUUCCCUUAUGGUUGUAAACAUGGUUACAAUGUAUAUUUUUUCUACUUUGUAUAUCAGCCUGCAAGAGGACAUUUUAACAUAGUCUGUAAUAUUUUUUUUUUAAAUGUUGCAAUGAUUUUAGUAUUAAGUAAUUCUGUGAGGGAACUACUGUGUACAGAUUUAAUUUGAAUGAAAGGAUUCAACAUAUUUUAUUUUAUGCCGCAUUAUAUAUUUAUAAUUUAACUUUAAUGUGUGCGUGUCAACUUAUAUUGCUUUACGUUUGAAUGGUGAAGGUUUGGUUGUUUAUAAAUAUCCGAAGUGAACUAAAUAGAACGCAAACCAUUGUUUAUUUGGUUUAGUUUAAAAACUUGUACACAGACAAGCCAACACCUGUAGGCGUAACGUGCAACCCACGACAUAUCUCGUGAAGACAAAACGACGUAUUGUCGACCAAUAGCGCCGAAUCGGAAAUAUAUCUCUUUCGUUGCGAUUUCCGGUUCCGCGCUAUUGGUCGACGAUGUCUAUUUUUUUCUUCACCUAGAUAUGUCGUGGCCCGCAUUGUAGGCCUACUGACGUAUUGAUUAGAACAUUAAAAAAAAUUGUAAAUACCCACGCAAAGCGUAAUCGAAAUCCGCAUCUUUCAAUUGUUUCCAUGUAAUUUUGAAAAUGUAUAGCUACUUUAAAGGUAAUAAUAAUUAUUAUUAUGAAUUAAAUGACAAAUUGUGAACUUAAGAUUCGUUGAUCAUCAGCGCUAGAAAUCAAUUCAUGAAUUUAUUACGUUUAUGUAAUGUGAAUUACAUAUUUGAUAGAUUUAGACGUAAGUGAAAAUUCCAUUGUUUUUUUUUUAUAGUGAGAAUGCACACUGUUGUAGAAGCAUUCAUUUGAUAAAUCGUAAAUAUAAUUAUAAUAUUCACACAGAUAGAAAUUUUUAUUAAAAUAAUAUUAAUGUAAGGAGCCAGAUUCGUAUAAUAUUUUAAGUAUAUAAGCGUCAGUUGCGAGGUUGAGGUAGUUUAUUACUGUGUAAAAAGAAUACUGAUUCUCGUA